AUGUCCAUCGCCGCCCUCCGAAAGUCCCAACAGGACGACCUCUCGAAGCUCGCGCAAGACCACCUCCAGCACGAUCUCACGGAAGGUGACCGUCAAGUGCUGAACAAGGCCGCCACCAGGGUCGGCGCGCCCACCACUCUCGGCUCACUUGUCGGCGUGGGUCUCGGCGUCUUCUUCGCGUACAGGUUGCGCCGGGGCCGCGUCGACAUGUUCAACGCCUUCCGCGCCGCGCAGAAGCCUACCCAGGUCAUGUUUGCCGACGGACGUACAGAGGUCAUCCCCGAUAUCAGCAGCAUCAUGCGGCCCACGAGACUCGGCGAUGCCUUUACCUAUUUCUUCUGCGGGCUAGGCGGUCUGUUCCUUGGCGGUGAGGCGGGUUUCCUGACGGGCACUUGGUCGGCGACCAGGACAAUCCACAAGAACCCCGAGAGCGAGAAGCGAAUCGAGACCGCUUAUCGGAAAUUCAAGGCAGACUGCCUCCGGAGGGAGGCCAAGCUGUUAGAGUCUGGGGCUCCGGUGGCCUUUGCUUAG